AAAGUCUUUUAUACUACUAAGUGUAUAUAUAGAGGUGAAAUUUUAUAUAACGAAAUAUAAAACUACAUCCAAUAUUUUUUUUUCUUUUUUUCUUUAUAUCAGUUUAGUGUAGUUUAUCGACGAUAUAAUAACACACAAGGUUGUUAGUAGUUAUGGCGGAUAUAGAAAAUCAAACUUCGGUUGUAACCGCAACGUCUGCGUCUAAUUCACCGCAGGUUUCGUCGUCUCCAAUAAAUAAAAAGGAAAAAAAAGCUAAAAAUCCUAGGACCAAACCAUCUCAUCCACCGACUUCGGAAAUGGUAAACAAUGCGAUCAAAGGUUUAAAGGAACGCGGAGGCUCAUCUUUACAAGCAAUUAAAAAAUACAUUGCUGCCAAUUACAAAGUUGAUGCAGAAAAAGUAGCGCCAUUCAUCAAAAAAUAUUUGAAAGCAUCUGUAGUAUCGGGAUCUUUGGUACAAACUAAAGGUAAAGGAGCUUCGGGAUCAUUCAAGUUAGCUUCGGCAACUUCAACUGGUGGUACUUCGGCUAAAACGAAUGCUAUUGACAAAAAGAAAAAGAAAACAGCCGCUUCUACUACAGGCGUAACUAAAUCCAAGAAAAUUGUAACAGCAGCAAAACGAAAUGCUAUUAUUGGAGGAGGAGUAGAUAAAUCGAAAAGUAUUAAGAAAUCUAAUAAAGGCAAAAAAACGACAGGUACAGCAGCGGCGGCAUCCUUAAAAACUUCGACGACAACAACAACACCGAUUACUGAUAAGAAAGGCGUUAAAGUUGCCAAAAAAACGGACAAAAAAUCUUCGGCCAAAGGAGGAGUCGCCGCCGCCGCCGCCGCCUCCAAUACAGCCAGUGCCGCAUCAUCCGAAAUUAAAACGAAGAAUCCUACUAAAGCAAAAAAAUCC